AGCAGCAGCAGCAGCAGACUUGUAUAACAGAUUCAGAAACUCCAAAUGCUGAACUCCUCCUUCUCCUCGUCCUCAUCAUCUCACUGGACGCAUCUGCAGGCUGCAGGAGCAGAGCGAUAUGAGUUUACACGGAUACAUUUAAACUGAGCUUUUCCUCUCUGCCCAUUGAAUUCCCUUCAAAUAAAGAUGAAGGAUAUUUAAAGAUAAGUGGCAACCCUGGCUCAUUUGAAAUAAUAGCUUAGUCACAUUAAAUCUCCUUUAAUUGAGUUCAUAAUGGGACUACGCAUAUUUGGCACGCCACUUUACGCAUAUGCGUGCGUCUAUUUUUUUGUUUCCAUCCUGCAAACUGCUCAGUCUCAGACGAAUCCGGGGGCCCAACAAGGAAUUAACCAAAGAGCGGCUCUCCGGCAGACGCUACAGUGGUCACACAACGGUAAGGUUUUUAGUAUUUUAAGCCAGGGCUCGGAGUAUCAGCCACCGAGGCGCAGGGGCGCACCUCGGCAGCAAGUGCAGGCGCAACCUGUCACCAUCAUUCGUGAUGCGGACGUGAAACAUCCGGACACUUCGAGCCAGCCGGUGGACCAGCAGCAGCAACAGCCUUCCCGGCCGGCGUCCAAUCCACACAACUCACGCGGGCUCCCGCCUCCACUCCAAAGGCUCGUGAGAGGACACGAGCACCGCCAACAUCACCAUGACCGGACCGGUGAGCGCACGGGGACGCAGAGGAGCAACAAUGAGACUCAGGAAAAGGUCACUGUCAGUCCGCCUGUGCCCCGGAGAGAAGACAUGAUGGUCGGCGACGAUCCCUACGACCCUUACAAAUCCUCUGAUGAUAAUCCCUAUGACAAUUAUUAUGACGUUUACGAGAGACCAAGGCAGAGGUCGAGACCCGGAUAUGGCACAAGGAAUCAUCAGUACGGUCUGCCUGAUCUUGUACCUGACGCGUACUACAUUCAAGCAUCUGCCUAUGCCCAGAGAGUCCCAAUGUACAACCUGAGAUGUGCAGCUGAGGAGAACUGUUUGUCAAGCUCAGCCUAUACAUCCAGUAUUAGAGACUAUGACACUCGAAUGCUGCUGAGGUUUCCUCAGAGAGUCAAGAACCAGGGGACGGCGGACUUCCUCCCUAGCAGGCCACGUUACUCCUGGGAGUGGCACAGCUGUCACCAGCACUUCCACAGCAUGGACGAGUUCAGCCACUACGAGCUGCUGGAUGCCUCCACUCACCACUCGGUGGCUGAGGGCCACAAGGCCAGCUUCUGCCUGGAGGACACUUCCUGUGACUACGGCUACUACAGGCGAUUUGCUUGCACCUCACAUACCCAGGGCCUGAGCCCAGGAUGUUAUGAUACCUACAACGCAGACAUCGACUGCCAGUGGAUCGACAUCACAGAUGUGAAAGCUGGAAACUAUAUCCUCAAGAUCAGUGUAAAUCCGAACUAUCAUGUCCCAGAAUCAGACUACAGCAACAACGUUGUGCGCUGUGACGUUCGAUACACCGGCAACUACGCCUACGUGUCAGGAUGUCACAUGUCAUCGUAUUAAAAGUCAUUCACAGCAACUCAGCGGAGAUGUUCUGUAAUUGAUAAUGCAGAGGACUGCAUAGAUUACAUGUUAGAGAUGCAUUUUAUCAUUUAAAAUAUGCCAGAAAAUGUUGAAUUGCUUGUGUAGGAAAGCAGUUUUCCUCCCCACUGAGAAGUCUAUUCUUAUCUGUUAUUUUCUUUAGUUUUCAUGUCUUACUUAAAUUGCAUUGUACUGUAUUCUUUGCAUUUUAUACCACUUGUAAGAUAGUUAGAGAAUAAAAUGAAAUUUAGAAGCUUAGCAAGUUAUAAAUGUAAACCAGUUUACCCUCGUUGUUAAGUCAAUUAUAAAUCAAUUAUAUCACUAUUUUGAAAUGAAUCAGCUGUAAAGGAAAUUGUAUUUGUUAUAUUUAUAUGCAACGGAAGAAACUCUUUACUCCAAAGCUUUUGUUGAAACUGAGUUGAAUUAAACUUUGUGAUAUUGUAUCACUUUUGUAGACUG